GGCAUCCCAGCCCUGCUUGCAUGAGGAAGAUGUCGUACGCUCACCAAGCACGAGCGCGUCGGUGCUCGCACUGCUCGCAGGUCGUCAGCUCCCCUCGCCCAUCACUGCUUCCUUGUUCUCUCCCAUCAGCUCCGCUAAGGAUCUCCAUUCCCUGGCCUUGACGACUGUCCUGGACAUGUUCGACAACCGGCAAGGUCUCGAGCGAGCCGUGUCAUCCUACUUCGCCGGCGUGAACACGUGGUUCACUAUUGUCGAACGGGCUACCUUCGAGAAGCAGCUGAGCGAGACGUGGCAGAACCCCUCGGCAGAAACCUGUGCCCUGGCUCUCUGCAUGUCCAUGAUUGCCCGUCCACCAAAUCCGACGCCCGGCUCGGUCGUCCAAGACAGCGUGUACCAAACAGCGAAGUCCCUCUUGGGCCUCAUCCAAAGUAGUGCCCCAAUGUCGACACAACUCCUGCAAGCCGAGCUUCUCGUCUCCAUGUAUGAGUUUUCGCAUUCCCUGCCCCAGCAGGCCUACUUGACGCUUGGCCGUUGCUUCCAAAUGACCAAAGCGUUUGGCUGGCAUAACAAGCUGUUCUGGGCUGUAGAACGGAAGCAGUCGAUGCCGAGGGAGUUGAAGCUUUGCUCCAUCCUGUGGUGGUCCAUCGUAUAUGUUGACGGGUAAGAGUCAUCCUGGAAAGCGAAUAUGAGCGAGCAGCUAAUUCUGGGCCAGCCUCCUGAACAUCGCAUACGAAAACCAAAAGUAUCCGAUGCACACGGCCGACUCCGUCCUGGAAGCCGUGAUUCCGUGCCCAGAAUCCUGCGACCAAUAUCUGCCUGGGAGUCUAGUGAUGCACUUCGACAGCACGGGAAAGGUAAUUCGCGAUGGCAAUAUCGACCAUAUCGACGGCAUCGUCCUGCCAGAGGCAAGCUCUGCGUUGUUUCUUAGCCGAGUUUUGCACCCUCCCACUCCUAGUUCGAUGAGCGUCCUCGACCUUUCUAGCGCCAUUACCCAGCACACAACCGACUUGGUUUCGGGAAGCUGGAUAAAUGGAGACCGUAACGCAGCG